CGUUGCGAUAUCAUCUCACCCGCACAUCCCACCUGGCCCGCCUCCACGUCGCUGUCUCGAUCCGCGUCUUCUUUCGGUGCUUUGGUGCAGCUGGUCUUGUUUUAUUGCCCGUCCCGCACUUGCUCGAAGCUCUUCUCGACAUCCAGUGACUUUGAUGCCAGCUCGUUUUCCACUAGCCUAUUGCUGUCACCAUACUAUCUAUUGGCCUGGGGGCCCUUGUGAAGGCUCGACCACACUUCCAAAGCCUACAUCUUAAGCAGAUAUCCCGUGCUGGCUUUGCGACCGGCGGUAUUGGCCAUUUUACAUAGUCUCACGUGCCGGCAGUGCAAGAUUGCAUACCCUGACAGCCAACAACAUGGAUUACAUGGCACCGGAUGCUUUCGAUGGGGUUCCUUCAGCUCAGAGUGCAGGGUCAGUGACGGGACCGGGGAAUGCAGAUCUGGACAACAUCAGUGUGAACAUGGCAGGACCGAUCAUUAAAGUCGAUGAUCCACCCAAGUUCGAACUCGAGUCCUACAUUGCAAAUUAUACUGGCCGGACCAGAUUCAAUCGAUUGCUUCUAAUAGGCACAUGCUCAACUUAUCUCUCUGUUGAGGCACUCAAGGCUGCGGUUGCAGAAGCCAAGGGCGGCAGGGAUGUCCCUAGAUACGAACGUGCAGUCCGAGCUCUUGCCGACGCUGCACCCAAUGACCCCGAGGCUACUCUGGACACGAAUUGGGUGGAUCGUAUGAAUAAGUCUGUCAAGGCGGAAACAGAUCGGCUCGAGCAUGAGCUCCGGGGCUAUAAGAACAACCUGAUCAAAGAGAGCAUAAGAAUGGGCAAUGAAGACCUCGGACAACAUUACACCCAGAUAGGCGACCUUGUCUCGGCGUCCAAAGCCUAUUCUCGUAUGCGAGAUUAUUGCACCACGCCGACUCACAUUGCGUCGAUGCUGUUCAAGAUUGUCAAUGUCGCAAUUGAGCGUGGGGACUGGCUAAGUGUACAGUCGAACGUGCAACGAUUGCGCAACCUCCAAUCGAAGCAAGAGGACCAAGCCAAGAACCAACCUAAGAUGUCCGCUGCCUUGGGUCUCUCACAGCUGCACUCCGGGUCGUAUCUGGACGCGGCUAAUAGCUUCUUGGCCACCGACCCAAGUCUGGGUGACUCCUACAACGAAGUACUCACCUCCAAUGACGUCGCGGUAUACGGUGGUCUCUGUGCCCUCGCAUCGAUGGACCGAAACGAGCUUCAACGUCGCGUUCUCGACAACAACUCGUUCCGCAACUUCCUUGAGCUCGAGCCGCAUAUCCGCCGGGCGAUUUCAUUCUUCUGCAAUUCUAAAUUCCGCCCCUGUCUCGAGAUCCUGGAGGCCUACAACGCCGACUACCUUCUCGACAUCCACCUGCAGCGUCACAUCAAGACGUUAUUCACUCGUAUCCGCACCAAGUCCAUCCAGCAGUACCUCAUCCCCUUCAGCCGCGUGACGCUCGAAUCCAUGACCAAAAUGUUCGCCCCUAAGGUUGUCGGCGGCCAGGCGGACCCCACCGACUCCAACUCGCCAUUUGUGGAGGAACUCAUCGGACUGAUCCAAGACGGUACACUCGACGCGCGGAUUGAUCUGGAGAAGAAGGUCCUGGUCUCCAACCAGGUCAACCUACGGAACGAAGUCCAGCAAUCCAUCUUGGAUAGCCUGGAGAACUACUCCCGUGAGGCACACCUACGCCUGCUGCGCACUAACAUCAUCCGCGCUGGACUGGAAGUACGAGCGGACGAGCGGAGACCGAAAGAGGACCGGAGCAAGGGGUCUGAAGGGUACGGGAACGUGUUUUCACGCGGCUCAGGGGUGAUGUAAUGCCAGUCAAUGAGAUGAGAUACGACUAGAAGAAUAUCACUAUGAAUGGAAUCC